CCAGACCAGAAAUCUUAAAACUUGCUAAGGAAAGAAAUUACAGCCUUGGCCUCAGCCUUGACCGAGCCAAAAGUGUUUGCUCCUCCACUUCUGAAAUUGACGAGCAUGAGCAUGAAAAUGAGAAGAAAUUAGUGGUUAAAAAGAUGAAAUCUGGUGGGAAAGAGAUGAAAAAGACGAGGAUUAAAAAGCCAAUAAUCAGGAAACCCAUGGCCAAGGAGAUGAGGAAGAAGGCUAGGGAAAGGGCAAGGGCAAGGACUAUUGAGAAGAAUCAGAUAUUGCAGAUUAGCCGGGAUUAUUCAGUAAUUUCUGAUUUUGAUCAUCAUGAUCCCAAAAUUAAUACAUCUUCUUGCUUUGAAACUGGGGAGGAAUCAGGUGCUACCACUCAGAUCAGCUACAAUUUCAACCCACCUGCCAUGGAAGUUGAAGAUCAUCAUCAACCAAUGAGCUCCCAAUUCGGAUCUGAUUAUCAAAAUUCUUUGGAGAUUAUGGGAAACUGGAGCCCUUCUGAUUCCACUUUCAAUUUUCUGCACCAAACUUCAACUCUUGAUCUCCAAGUUCAGGAGCAGGAACUUGGAGACUCUCAAUUCUUUGGAUGAUUAUUUGGUCAGGCAUGUUACAAACAAAUCCAACAUGGGUUUUGUUCCUUAAUGUUCCCAAAGGAACCAGCUGGGAGGUAUCAAGUGGAAAAACAUUAUA